UAUUAUAACUUUUAUCCAGAACGAGGCAUCCCGCGAAAAUCGUUUCCCGGCAAAACAACAGGGAGGAGGAUGUUUACAGUUUUAAAUGGACGAUCUACCGGAGAAAAUCAAAUCAACAGAGGUUUCAACAAACGAAUAGAUACAUCAACCUUCGUAGAAUGUCUGGAGUGCUACAGGACAGACGAAUACCUAACAGUUGGCUCAGAUGAUGGCGCUCUUGUUCCUCCUAUUGCCUGUGAAUUUUCAAAACAAGGUCAGGGAAACAUCCUAGCUGUGGUAGACGAGAGUGGGGGCACCAUCAUACAAGAUACAAACAGGACUGGCCAACCAGCUCUCCUCUCUGAGUGGCAGGCCCACAGUAAUGCUAUCUUUGAUCUGGCAUGGGUUCCUUUGGAGAAUAAACUGGUGACAGCAUCCGGCGACCAGACAGCAGUGUUGUGGGAUGUUCCUAGAGCAGAGAAACUGGAUGUGUUCAAGGGCCACACCAGUAGUGUUAGGACAGUAGCAUUCAGGAGUGAUGACUCGGCUGUGUUUGCGACAGGCUCCCGAGAUGGACAUAUAAUGAUAUGGGAUACCAGGUGUAACAGGAAAGAUGGAUUCCUCUCGCCAGUAAAUACCAUACAUAAUGCCCAUGCAUUACAGCAACCAUCUACAUGUAAACGCCGAAACAGACAGAAGUUGGGACCUGCCAGGGACAGUCAACAGAGUGUAACAGUAGUGACUUUUCAAACGGACACCACUCUUAUAUCUGCUGGGGCGGUGGAUGGAUGUGUGAAGUUCUGGGAUCUGAGGAAGACCUAUAGUCAGAUGACCACUAUGCCCGAGUCUAGACACACUAUCCCUUAUAGUGGUACCAGCCAGAGAAAACACGGAUUUACCAGUCUCACAAUGGAUGUGUACAGAAGCAUCCUUUUUGCCAGCUGUACAGAUGACAUUGUAUACCAGUAUGACAUCACAACAAUGCAGCCAGGCCUCAUGUAUCAGUAUCGGGGCCACAGGAAUAACUCAUUUUAUGUGAAGACCUGCAUUAGUCCUGAUAAUCAGUUCCUCCUCAGUGGUUCAUCUGAUGAGGUUGCUCACAUCUGGCAGGUUGGUAAACCAAACCGAAGCCCGAUUGUACUUAAAGGACAUAAAGCGGAAGUGUCUGACGUCGCAUGGUCACCAAAUGACCUGAGCAAGGUGGUGACACUAUCUGAUGACAACUCUGUGAGGGUAUGGAGAAUCAAUAGGAGAUUAUCUCCCCCUGAACAAGGGGAAGUGAUAGGAACAGCUGAGAGGACCCACAGGGAAAUAGGUACAUCAGCUAGGCAAACAGAGGAAAAGGAAAACCAGGAACAAAUUUUCAUCAACGAAAAAACAACCUACAGGAAUAAACCAAGUAAAACUCCAAACUUAAAAAAGACAAAAUCUGCUGAAAAUUCACCUGGCAGUUUAUCUAACAUGUCACCUUCCAUCAAACAUUGGCUGAGUGGAAAGAAAACACCAUCUUCAAAGGUUAUGGCUAACAAUAAAUCUCAGCAGUCUAUUACAAGUGAUUCGGCAGGCUCAAAAUCGGAGAGGAAAAGACCAUGUAAGAGAAAGCUAGUGUCUGACUCGCCUGAUCAAAAUCCUUCAAAACGACAAAAUGUGUUACAAGAAUUGCAAAGUCCACACAAAAGUGCCAGUCCAACUAUCGCCGCUUUCAGGAAUGAUUAUGGAGCCUGUUCCAAGUCUCCUGUUAGAAAUAGCCCUCAAAAAUGGAACAGUCCACAGAAAUUUAGUAGUCCAAGGAAAAUAAAUUUGAACUUCAACAGUCCAAAGAAAUUGAAUUUAGACAGUCCUCAAAAUAAGCUCACAAAUAGUCCGAGUAGCUCUAGUUUGAACAAAGAAAGUCCAAAGAAAUCCAACAGCGUUAGAGUUUUGAACAUGCCUCUACAGUGUAUUACUAAGCAGUCUGUUAUUACUGCUUCACCCACUGCUGAUCUGCCGAACCUUGUUUUAUCUGGAGAAGUGAACCGUGUAAAUGUGUGUUACCCAUUGGGAAAGGAGAAUAGUCCACAAAAGGGUACUCCACCUAUGAACUGGUUAAAUCAGAUACGACAACAAAAGCUUGGAAGGGAUGGGGAAACAAAUCAAAGGCUCAAGUUUAGUCCCUGUAGAAGCUUGUUCUACAACAGUGCAGAUUGUUCACCUGCUGAAAGUGCAGAGAGCAGCCAAUCGAACACCGAAGAACCUAGUCAUACCAGCAGUCAGACGGAGGAGGAACCAAAGACACCAGUCAGAGGGAUGAAAUCGCUAAAACAUUAUUUCCAACCUCGUCCAUCUCCCAAGGUUGAUCCUGUAGGAUAAUAUCCAACAAUUCUGGAAUCUUACAGAAUUUACCAAUACAGUUAGGACAAAUUUGAAACUUGUCCUAUUGUCUAGGAGGAAUAAAUAAGCUGAUGGAAGGGUCAUAACUGCUGAAUCUGUAUUAAAUGGGUUUUGCCAUAAUUGGAAAAAAUGAACACGGCGUCUGACAGACAUGUACUGGAUUUAUUUGUUUGUACACUGUAAAUAUAUAUAUUUGAAUGGUUGAUUUUUUUGGAAGUUACCACAAUAAAUUGUUUCUUUUUAUUAUUUGAUACAGUAUUUUGCAUAUCAAUAAUUUAGAAUUACCGGUAUAACAUAUGUUGUAUCAUUUAUUUUUAUGAAAUUUACGUUCUCAUUCAGAGGGUGUUCUAUUUUUUGAGCAAAAUUUCUUUUAAAAAGACCAUGUUGGGAUAUGUUUGACCAAAACAAACACGAGGAUAUAACACAUGUAGAAUCAGAGCAGAUGAUGAAUUUUAUAUGUAACCUAGUAAGGAAUGUUGGCUGUAAGAUGCUAAAUAUAUUAGCUCUUGUAUACAUGUAUUGUAUGUGCAUUAAUCCUGCCUGGCUUACAAGAUUAUUAAAUGAAAGAAUAAAAUGGAAACAAAAGCUAGA